CGGAAGCGGAAGCGCCGGCGGUGGGACAGACCAGACCAGACCGGGCCGGGCCGGCGGCGGGGGGGACACGAUGGGGCGCGGCGGCGGCACGUUCGAGCGGCUCCUCGAUAAGGCCACGAGCCAGCUCCUGCUGGAGACCGACUGGGAAUCCAUCCUGCAGAUCUGCGACAUGAUCCGCCAGGGAGACACCCAAGCAAAAUACGCCGUCAGCGCCAUCAAGAAGAAGGUGAACGACAAGAACCCGCACGUGGCGCUCUACGCCCUGGAGGUCAUGGAGUCGGUGGUAAAAAACUGUGGGCAAACAGUCCAUGAUGAGGUGGCCAAUAAACAGACUAUGGAGGAGCUAAAGGAAAUUCUUAAGAGGCAAGUGGAGACAAGUGUCCGCAGCAAGAUUCUGUACCUUAUCCAGGCCUGGGCUCACGCCUUCCGCAACGAGCCCAAGUACAAAGUGGUGCAGGACACCUACCAGAUAAUGAAGGUUGAAGGACACGUGUUCCCAGAGUUCAAGGAGAGCGAUGCCAUGUUUGCUGCAGAAAGGGCUCCAGACUGGGUGGAUGCUGAGGAGUGUCACAGGUGUCGGGUGCAGUUUGGUGUUGUGACACGGAAGCAUCAUUGCAGGGCCUGCGGGCAGAUCUUCUGUGGCAAAUGCUCCUCCAAGUAUUCCACCAUCCCCAAGUUCGGGAUUGAGAAGGAAGUGAGAGUCUGUGAGCCUUGUUACGAGCAUCUGAACAAGAAAGCUGAAGGUAAAGCUGCUGCCACCUCUGAGCUGCCCCCCGAGUACUUGACCAGCCCCCUCUCUCAGCAGUCCCAGCUGCCUCCGAAGCGUGACGAGACAGCCCUGCAAGAGGAGGAGGAGCUCCAGCUGGCUAUUGCCCUGUCCCAGUCAGAGGCCGAGGAGAAAGAGAGAAUGAGGCAGAAAACAACCUACUCCAUGUACCCGAAGGCUGAGCCCACACCUGUCACCUCGUCAGCGCCCCCGGUCAGCACGCUCUACUCCCCCCCCGUGAAUUCCUCUGCUCCCUUGGCCGAGGACAUUGACCCAGAGCUGGCUCGGUACCUGAACCGCAACUACUGGGAGAAGAAACAAGAGGAAGCUCGCAAGAGCCCCACGCCGUCAGCCCCUCUGUCCCUCUCGGAGCCAGCAGCUCAGCCUGGGGAGACCCACCCUGCCCCGCUCAGUGUGGUUGAGGUAAGAGGGGGCCUGGACCCAGGUGUGCAGCUCCUGAGGAGACAGGACCCUCCAGCCCAGCUGCACAGCUCUGGGCCUUGCUGCAGGCGCAGGGGGCUGAGACUGCCCACCCUCCUCCAGCAGCAGUACCAGAACGGCGAGUCAGAGGAGAACCAUGAGCAGUUCCUGAAGGCGCUGCAGAACGCCGUCACCACCUUUGUCAACCGCAUGAAGAGCAACCACAUGCGGGGCCGCAGCAUCACCAACGACUCCGCCGUCCUGUCCCUCUUCCAGUCCAUUAACAACAUGCACCCCCAGCUGCUGGAGCUGCUCAACCAGCUGGACGAGCGCCGGCUGUACUACGAAGGUCUGCAGGACAAGCUGGCUCAGAUCCGGGACGCGCGGGGGGCUCUGAACGCGCUGCGGGAGGAGCACCGGGAGAAGCUGCGCCGUGCGGCGGAGGAGGCCGAGCGCCAGCGCCAGAUCCAGCUGGCCCAGAAGCUGGAGAUUAUGAGGCAGAAGAAGCAGGAGUACCUGGAGAUGCAGCGCCAGUUGGCCAUCCAGCGGCUGCAGGAGCAGGAGAAGGAGAGGCAGAUGCGCCUGGAGCAGCAGAAGCAGACCAUCCAGAUGAGAGCCCAGAUGCCAGCCUUCUCACUGCCCUAUGCCCAGCUCCAGGCUGUGCCUGCAGCCAGUGGGGUGAUCUACCAGCCCUCAGGGCCCACCAGCUUCCCGGGCACCUUCAGCCCAGCUGGUUCCGUGGAGGGCUCUCCCAUGCACAGUGUCUAUAUGAACCAGGCAGCCCAGGGGGGCACAGGGCCAUACGCUGCCAUGCCCGUCACAGGGACAGAUCCCAGCAUGGUGAACACCUACAUGUACCAGGCCGGCACUGGCAGCGGGCAGGCGGCUCCACAGGGGCCGGCAGCACCCACCACCACCCCGGCCUACUCCUCCUACCAGCCCACUCCCACGCAGGGCUACCAGAGCGUGGCCUCGCAGUCGCAGACCAUCCCUGCCAUGUCGCAGGCCCCUCAGUCAGGCACCAUGGGCUACAUGGGCAACCAGUCGGUCUCCAUGGGCUACCAGCCCUACAGCAUGCAGGGCCUCAUGUCGGCCCUGCCAGGCCAGGAUGCAGCGCUGAGCAGCCUGCCCGCCCAGCCCUCCUACCUGGCCGGGCAGCAGCCCCUCUACCAGCAGAUGGCACCAGCCGGAGGGGCACCCCAGCAGCCGCCCCCACCGGCGCCUGCCCCGGUGCAGCCCCCGCAGGGCAGCAGCGAGGCCCAGCUCAUCUCCUUCGACUGACCCGGGCAGGGUCCCGGUAACACUGCUGCUCCUCCGGCACUACAGCUGCUCCCUCCGUCCCCUCAGCGGCUCUGGGGACGCGGCAGCGGGAGAGCAGCCUCCGCCCCGCUCCCGGGGCUGCUGUCCUGCCCGCCCGGCCCUGCCUCCCCCUCUCGCCCCAGGGGCCGGCCGGGAGCGCGGCACCGGGACCGCGCCAGCCCCGGGGGCUGCGGCCGCAGCGUCCCCCGCCCCGCUCCCCGGCGUCAGCUUCGCCCUGCCCUGCCCCUUUCUCCGCCGCAAAGCCGCUCGCUCCUCGCGGGGGAGACCGAGCGCGUUCGGUGAUAAUAAAGUGUUGGAACGA